AUGUGCUAUUGGAGCUGCUCCGAUCGGGGACGGCUGUGCGAGAGCCCCCGCCCGCCUCCUUCCUCCUCCUCCUCCUCCUGCCUUGCUCCCUUGUUCAUCGCCCUGUGUCUUGCCGGUGGUUUGGCCCCUACGCCGACGCUAGGGAGCAACGCGUCCCUCCCUGGAGACUUUUCCGCCCGCUCGGCUUGCGACGGUCCCGCCGCGGACACUGCGACCCUCUACCGCGGGUUGGAUUUUCCCCUUUUGACAAGGGGCAGAAGUGGAGAGAGGAGUCGCCUCCGCUCGGGGUUUCCGGCCUUACAAUCGCAUCGACCACUUGCGACGGCCCCCUCUACUUUUUGUUGCGUGGGCAACUUAUUUGCCUUGGGAAGGAAGGCGGGGGGUCGCUGCCGGGCCGGGCAGCAUCCGCCGAACACAGCUCCCGGAGUGGGGCUGGAUGUGCCUCCGCGCGGGGGUCGGUGGGGAGGAGCCGGCACGCCCCGCAUUCGUGUAGACGGCGGCGGCAGGAGCGGGUGGGUAACAAGUGCGCAGUGCCCCGGGGCGGGGGCGGACCGGGCCGGGCGCUCUCUCCAUCCCUCCCCUCCGGGCCGGCCGCGAUGGGCAGCGCCGCCUCCUCUUCCCCACGGGGCGGCCGCGCAGUGUCUGAACGUGCAUCUCUCUCCCGUGCCGCCACUGCGCCAGACCCCGCACCAGGCUGCGGGCCAGCCUUUCAAAUUCACCAUCCCGGAGUCGCUGGACCGCAUCAAAGAAGAGUUCCAGUUCCUGCAGGCGCAGUACCACAGCCUUAAAUUGGAAUGUGAGAAACUGGCAAGUGAAAAGACGGAAAUGCAGAGGCAUUAUGUGAUGUACUAUGAAAUGUCGUAUGGAUUAAACAUUGAAAUGCACAAACAGACAGAAAUCGCGAAGAGAUUGAAUACAAUUUGUGCACAAGUCAUCCCAUUUUUGUCUCAGGAACAUCAGCAACAAGUGGCCCAAGCUGUAGAACGUGCCAAACAAGUGACCAUGGCUGAAUUGAAUGCCAUCAUCGGGCAGCAGCAGUUGCAGGCUCAGCAUCUCUCCCACGGCCAUGGACCUCCAGUGCCUCUAACGCCGCAUCCAUCAGGACUUCAGCCUCCAGGAAUCCCUCCACUUGGAAGCAGUGCUGGCCUUCUUGCCCUCUCCAGUGCUUUGGGUGGGCAGUCUCACUUGGCAAUAAAAGAUGACAAGAAGCAUCACGAUGCAGACCACCACAGAGACAGAGAGCCAGGCACAAGUAAUUCUCUGUUGGUCCCUGACAGUCUACGAAGCACAGAUAAACGCAGGAAUGGCCCUGAAUAUGCCAAUGACAUCAAAAAGAGAAAGGUGGAUGAUAAGGAUUCCAGCCACUAUGACAGUGAUGGGGACAAGAGUGACGAUAACUUGGUUGUAGAUGUAUCCAAUGAGGAUCCUUCUUCCCCAAGGGCAAGUCCCACUCAUUCGCCACGUGAAAACGGUAUAGAUAAAACCCGCCUACUGAAGAAGGAUGCCUCCAGCAGUCCAGCAUCCACGGCUUCUUCAGGGAGUUCCACUUCCCUCAAAUCCAAAGAAAUGGGUCUGCAUGAAAAAGCCAGCACGCCUGUUCUGAAAUCCAGCACACCAACUCCUCGAGGUGAUGUGCCAACCCCAGGCACUAGUGCAACUCCAGGACUCCGUCCAGGCCUUGGCAAACCUCCAACAAUGGACCCUCUGGUUAACCAAGCUGCUGCAGGUUUGCGGACCCCGUUGGCGGUUCCAGGGCCGUACCCUGCUCCGUUUGGAAUGGUGCCUCACGCUGGCAUGAACGGAGAGCUAACCAGUCCAGGGGCAGCCUACGCCAGUCUGCACAAUAUGUCACCCCAGAUGAGUGCUGCUGCUGCUGCAGCUGCCGUGGUUGCCUAUGGAAGAUCUCCUAUGGUUGGGUUUGAUCCUCCUCCUCACAUGAGAGUACCUGGAAUCCCUCCAAAUCUAGCAGGGAUUCCUGGGGGAAAACCAGCCUACUCCUUUCAUGUUACUGCAGAUGGCCAGAUGCAGCCAGUUCCUUUCCCUCCUGAUGCCCUCAUUGGCCCAGGAAUCCCUCGCCAUGCCCGUCAGAUCAACACCCUGAACCACGGGGAAGUUGUGUGUGCAGUUACCAUCAGCAACCCCACGAGACACGUGUACACGGGUGGGAAGGGGUGUGUCAAGGUUUGGGACAUCAGCCAGCCUGGCAACAAGAGCCCUGUGUCUCAGCUGGACUGCCUGAACAGAGACAACUACAUCCGCUCCUGUAAAUUGCUGCCCGAUGGAUGCACCCUCAUAGUUGGCGGGGAAGCCAGCACAUUAUCCAUUUGGGACCUGGCAGCUCCAACUCCUCGCAUCAAAGCAGAGCUGACAUCCUCAGCACCUGCCUGCUAUGCUCUGGCUAUCAGCCCUGAUUCCAAGGUGUGCUUUUCCUGCUGCAGUGAUGGGAACAUUGCAGUGUGGGAUCUGCACAAUCAGACAUUGGUCAGGCAAUUCCAGGGCCACACAGAUGGAGCCAGCUGUAUUGACAUUUCUAAUGAUGGUACCAAGCUCUGGACAGGAGGUUUGGAUAACACUGUCAGAUCCUGGGACUUGAGAGAAGGGAGACAGCUACAACAGCAUGACUUCACAUCACAGAUAUUUUCCCUUGGUUAUUGUCCUACUGGUGAAUGGCUAGCUGUGGGAAUGGAGAGCAGCAAUGUCGAAGUGCUACAUGUAAAUAAACCAGACAAAUAUCAACUGCACCUUCAUGAGAGCUGUGUAUUGUCACUCAAGUUUGCUUACUGUGGUAAAUGGUUUGUGAGUACUGGGAAAGAUAACCUCCUUAAUGCAUGGAGAACUCCUUAUGGAGCUAGUAUCUUCCAGUCCAAAGAAUCUUCAUCAGUGCUUAGCUGUGACAUCUCUGUGGAUGAUAAGUACAUUGUCACUGGCUCUGGAGACAAAAAGGCUACAGUCUAUGAAGUUAUCUACUGAAAAAUAUGAUGGGGAUAUUCUUUUAGAGGUUGAACUGGGCCAAAAUUGUUUGUAGAAGUAGAAAGAGUUUGAAUUUUUGAAAGGAACGAAAGUGUUCAGGUUCCAGACCUUGCCAUGAAUCUACUCUGAUUUUUUGAAAUAGAAGGCAACAUCCAGCAACUAAAUAUUGGCUACGUGGACCAGAUGGAACACAGAGGCAAGACGGACAAAUGUAGCCUAGGUUUUUGACAUAAUUUUUAAAAGCCAAGUCUACUGAACAAUGUUGGAGCCUUUUAUUUUUUUUUCCUUUUUGUGACCUCAUGCAAAUUUUUCUCAUUGCCUGAAUAUGGGGGAUAAAUACCUUUCUGUUCCUUGCAGUUCAAGUUGCAUCCUCUCCUGUGUAGAGCAGCAGUGUCUCAGAUGAACUUGUUUCCUGGUUUUGCAUCUUGUGAUAUGUUUUUGUAUUUUUGUUGAAGGUCAAACAUUUGUAUAAAUUGUAAAUAUAUUUAGUUUACUACAGUAAAGGCUUUAGUACCAAGAACCAGUCUUCCCUCUUGUCCCCUCCC